GCCGUUACACUUUUUUGGCUAAAGGUUGCAGGCUUGCCUUCCAGUGGCUUUGGGUGAACUACUACUAGCAGUACAGAACCUAUAGAAUUUUGCACAUGCGCGACCGAACGAAUCAGCCCCCGAGACGACUCGUUCUUCCCGAGUCACAUUAAAGAUUCGUUCAAAAUGAACGACACAUCACUAGUGUAGAAGAGAGAAGGUUAAAGAGGGAAGAUUAUGUGAUCUUGAUAUGGCCGAAACACGACCAAAGAGACAACGUUCUAAUGAACACCUGAAAAAGAAAAGGGAAAAGGAGAAGGAACGCGGAAAGUCCCGAAUUUACAUAGGAGAAGCCUUUGAAAGGUGGAGAGAACUCCGGCGGCAGAAGGGCUUCCAAUCCGACAUUCAGGUGGCUCUUUUUUUGCUGGAGAGAUAUGAGGGUCUGAACACCUCCACCCCUGGUAAAAGACAUAAGCGUUACGGGAAGACUCCUGCACAGUUCAACAGUGGAUGUCCAUCAAGACUCUCAGACAGUUACGGAACAGAUGAUGAGGAAGAAGAGAAAACUGAAGGUGAUGACAGCCAAGAUGAUGAAUUUGUUCCUUGUUUUUAUACACGUCUGCCAAAAAUCGGACUGGAUGAGACAGUCGACAUAGACAUCGAGCUUCCAUCCACUCAACCGCCCGUCUUUCCCUCUCCACCCGAGGUCUUCACCGAGGACGACCUAACAGGAAAACAUGCAUCCAUCACCUAUGAAGAAUGUCUAAAGCAGCUAGCAACGUUCCUCAGGCUGCCAGUGCAAAAGUGCCCAUACAGGUGCACUGUCAGUCAUGUGGAGUGCCAAUGUCGUCCCCCCUUUGAGGUCUCCAUCACAUCCAGGGGUACGGCAAGCAUCAUGCAAUGGACCUGUCCCAAUGGCCACGUUGUGUGGAGGUGGAGCUCGCAGCCUACAGUGAAAUGCGGGAUACAAGCGGGGGAUUUCAUGUUGGCCACUAACAUAUUGCUUUCUGGGAGCAACUAUUCCAGCAUGGGUAUGACAAGCGACGCGAGGUUGGCAUGUCUUCUGCUGGACAGGGAAAUGGCAGAAUCUGAAGACAUGCUGUCAGCAGAAGAAUCAGAAGACAGGUGCACAUUUCGGUUCCCCAGUACGAACAUCAAAAUCACGUUCACGGCACUGGCGAGCGUCAAGCGUGAGAAGAGGGAACCGGAGUCUCCGGUGAAAGCUGUUCAGCCACAGAUCUCCCCUUUAACCAUCAACAUUCCCGAUAACAUCGCUCACCUCAUGAGCCCCUUGCCCUCGCCCACCGGCACCAUCAGCGCUGCUAACUCGUGCCCGUCCAGUCCACGUGGUGCGGGAUCGUCCGGCUACAGGCUGGGCCGAAUCGUGCCUGACCUGCAGCUCAUGAAUGAUAACUCUCAGUCCGAGAACGACAAAGAAGCGUCAGAAGGAGACAGUCCAAAGGACGACUCCAAGCCUCCGUACUCGUACGCUCAGUUGAUCGUCCAGGCGAUCACGAUGGCGCAGGACAAGCAGUUAACACUAAACGGCAUCUACACACACAUCACCAAGAACUACCCGUACUACAGGACGGCAGACAAGGGCUGGCAGAACUCGAUUCGUCACAACCUGUCCCUGAAUCGGUACUUCAUCAAAGUCCCACGCUCACAGGAAGAGCCGGGCAAGGGUUCGUUCUGGAGGAUAGACCCGUCAUCCGAGAGCAAACUCGUGGAGCAGGCCUUCAGGAAACGCAGGCCGCGGGGCGUCCCAUGCUUCAGGACCCCACUGGGACCCCUCUCAUCCAGGAGCGCCCCAGCAUCGCCCAAUCACUCGGGCGUACUCUCCGCCCACUCCAGCGGCGUCCAGACUCCCGACAGCCUAUCACGCGAAGGCUCACCUGUUCCCAUGGAGUCGGAGCCCGUCUCUGCUCCGCCCCCUGCUGCUGCUGCUGCCGUCCAACCCAAACUAGCUGUGAUUCAAGAGGCCCGUUUUACCCAGAACACCUCAGUGACUCCCAUCACCACCCAGCCGGUUCUGAUUGCGGUCCAGCGUCCAUUAACGCAGACGAUCAAACCCGUCACAUACGCUGUGGCCACUCCCGUCACGUCCUCCACCUCUGCGCAGCCGCUGAUGCAGACGGUGCACGUGGUGCAUCAGAUCCCUGCGGUGGCCGUCAGUACCAACCUGCAGCCCGCCAUCAAAGCAGAACCGCUGGAGAACGGAGAGUACGAGGAGGUCAAAGUGAAGGUAGAGUCAGUUCCUGGCAUCGCUCACGGCACUAUAGGCUCAGCCAAUAGGGUCAUUCAGAGCAGCACCACAGCCACGCCCCUUCAAACGGUUACCAUUGUGCAACAAGCCCCAUUGGGCCAGCACCAACUGCCAAUCAAAACCAUAACCCAAAAUGGCACUCAUGUAAUGCCCAUUGCCACGGCGAUACAAAGCCAGGCUAACUCAGUGUCGAGUCCAUUACACAUGUUGGCCGCUCACGCCUCGGUGUCCGCCUCUCUCCCCACGAAGCGGCAGAACGGUGAAAAAGCGGGCGAGUCGCCGGAAAGCAAACGAUUGAAAACUGAGGAUGAAGAACAGAAAAUCACCUCCAACCCGAACGGAACCGCUGCGGACACAGACUCCACCAACCAACACGGCAACCACAACUAGUUACCCAUUAAACCACCACCACCACUUUCCCUCCUUCUGUUUUUCUCUUUUUUUUCCUUUUUCUUCGUUCUCUCAUCACGGUUUCUCUUCCAUCCAGCUGACGGUGCCAAAACUGAAGGCUUUCAGGCUGGACAACCGCUGUUAACCCUUUCAAGUGAAGCAAAAAUUGAUUCCAAUGUCAAAAAAGAAAACCAAACGCAUAAAACGCCGUCCGUUACUGUUGUAAUAUGUUUUUUUCCGCAGCAACCAGCUGCCUGUUUUUCCGUUUUAUGACUCGAGCCUGAUUGAACAAGAACUCGCACCUCGAAACACAACAGCAACUGCCAUCUGGUCCAUAACUGGGCAUUUUAUUACAGACUUUCACAGACCCUGCAGAUGUUGCCCGAUUGGAGGCGUUCGAUUGGCUUGGAUUCUGAUAUUUAGCGAGUCGCGGCCAAAAUUGGAAGCAAAAAAAUGCACUCUGUCCCGGAUGUUUUGCGACGUGCGAUGCCCUCCGGAUGCGCAGAUGUUGAUCCUAUCUGGACCGUCGGAACCCGAAAGAUUCUAGAACCUCCGGAACCCUUGUGUUGUUCACAGUAGACUGAGAAUUCCAGAACUCCCGCUUGUGGAAUCUGGAUCUCUGACAGCGGAACAUGGGCUUCGAUCCAACAUUCCAAGUUUGGCAUUCAGAUUGUGGAGGGUGAAAAGCCAAGAGGAUGUCCUGGAAUGGAAUUACACACCAUGAACCACAAAUAGGUUGUUGUUUUUUUUUUUCUUUUUUAUAGUGCAUACUAGGGCUGUAUGUGGAGACUGUCUUCAGCCAAAGGGAUCAAAAUAUUCCAAAACACAUCAGAUAUUCCUAAACUUUCGGCAGCUAGCCUGACAGCAUCCCCUACAAUCCCCUGCAAUCGUCGUAGUGGAUAAUAUGCAGUAUUUUGUCGUUCAUAUGUGGAGCGUAGGAUCUGGGCGUGUUUUCAUUUAUAGAGACGUUUUAAAAAGUAAUAAUAACAAUAACGAUAUAUAAGCAGCAGCAUACGAGCAGAAGAGGAUGUGGGACGUCUGGACUGUGUCUCUUUUCUGUUCUGUGAAACUAAGUGUAGAUUCUUUUCUAAGAUGGAGAAAAUGUAUUAAUGGAGUAUUUCCUUCCUAUGUUUUUCCUUUCUGUUUAUUUUUAAAUCCGACUUUGUGACACCGACAUAUUUUCAUACUUGCACAGAUGCUCGAGUGGACGUGUCAUUUCCAUAUGUAGUUGAACUGUUUUCAUCCAGCUUGCAUGUAACGGACUAGACAAACAUUACCUGAUCUGUCGAUUUAAACAAUCUGGGAGAAAAAGAAGAAAGAAAAAAAAACAAGAACCUGCAUUGAAUCUGACCAGAUCUGCACUUGAUUAGUCUUUUUUUGUUUUGUUUACUUUUUUCCCUGUUUUCUUUUUGUUCCCUUUUCUUUUUAGGCUGUAUUGGUGUAGGCCGAUUGUGUCUGCUUAAUUUGAUUCUUUGUCAGGCCCAUGAGUCUGACUGAUUAUAUAUGUUUCAAACAAAAGCAAAAAAAAAAUAUGAUUGUUUGUUCUGCUUCAGUGGGUCAAUGCUUUUUUUUUAUAAAUUAAUUUAAAACCUUA